GGCACAUCGGGCAGGACCCCCGGCAGAGGCACAUCGGGCUACCAGGCGAAGCGGCAGGCAGCGGGCCACCGGGCGGUAGCAGGGGGCAGGCACCGGGCCCCCGGGCGGAGCGGCAGGCACUGGGCCCCCCGGGCGGAGCGGCAGGCCACCGGGACCCCCGGGCGGGGCGACAGGCUCGGGCCCCCAGGCGGGGCGACAGGCAUCGGGGGCCCCCAGGCGGGAGGCGGCGGGGGCGCCGGACCCCCAGGCGGAACUACAGGCCUCGGGCCCUCAGGCGAGCGGCGGGCGCCGGACCCCCGGGCGGAGAGGGGCGGGCGCCGGGACCCCCAGGUGGAAGCGACA